GGAGUGAAAGGGAAGAAUAACUUUUUGUCAUCACGCAGGUCUCUUCAGUUUGAGAGAAUCGAAGCGCUACAAGUGGUUGUCUGUAACUGCGCCGAGAGAGAUCCUACUGUUUGAACGAAGUAGUGUUUGUUUUUUAAAACAGCUCAAACAAUUCGUCGAACUUUUGAAUUUACUUUUCUCUCGCUUGAUUGAGGUAAUGACCGCUUUACACGCCAACUCGUAAUUUAAUCCCCGUGGUUCGAAUCGGGUGUGUCUUCUGUGUUCUUAUUAGUUAAUUAGGAACACUUUGUGCUCUCGGCUUCCACUUGUCGUUCCAGAACAGGAAAACCACCCGGCCAAAAGUCGCCUAUAACAGGCGGCAGAGGCUGUGACGGUUUAGUUUACUUUUAUACAAUUUUGAACUGAGACACUUUCAAAGUUCCAAACAACAAUGUAUAACAUGAUGGAACACGAGCUGAAGCCUUCUGGGCAACAGCAGCAGCACCAAACCUCCCAGGGCAUGUCCCCGGUCACCGGUAACAUUGGCAACUCUCACCCGGGGUCCAAAUCCGUAUGCCCUCCGGGCGGGGACCCCAUGGACAAGGUCAAAAGGCCCAUGAAUGCCUUCAUGGUGUGGUCCAGGGGCCAGCGCCGCAAGAUGGCCCAGGAGAACCCCAAGAUGCACAAUUCUGAGAUAAGCAAGCGGCUGGGCGCCGAAUGGAAGCUGCUUACAGACGCGGAGAAGCGGCCGUUCAUCGACGAAGCCAAGCGCCUCAGGGCAGUGCACAUGAAGGAUUAUCCCGACUACAAGUACAAGCCACGGCGCAAGACCAAGCCCCUGCUCAAGAAGGACAACCAGAUGGCGAAGUACCCUCUCUCCGCCGGGAACCUGCUGGCCGCGCAGGGCCAAGGUGGGAGCGCUAGAAUGGAGAGCUACGGAUGGGGCCCAGCGGGAGGUUACGCGGGGAUGCAGAACGAGGCCCUCGGCUACACUCAGCAGCUGCACCGCUACGACCUGUCCGCGCUCCAGUACCCCCAGGCCAUGACGGCAGCACAGACGUAUAUGAAUGGAGCCAACACCUACAGCCCCAUGUCCUACAGCAGCAGCUCCCAGCAGCCCAGCCCAGUCAUGUCCAUGGUGAAGCCAGAGCCGGUGUCACACUCCCCGACUGGUGGAACUAACCUCCACCGCGGGCCACUCCAAGGGGACCUGAGGGAUAUGAUCAGUAUGUACAUCCCCGGUGGGGACACCAGUGACCCGGCCGCCCAGAGAGGAGGCUACAGUGUCCAGCAACACUAUCUCAGUGGGACCGUUCCCCUCACUCAUAUCUAGGGGCCGGUGUUGGUAGUGUCUGGGACUGAUGUUGGGUGUGCCCGGACACAAGUUAAAACGCACCCCCCGAACUGAACACCACAUCCUCAGACCCACUCACGAUGGUCCCGUGUUGCAUUAUAAACAGCAGUGACUUAAUAUGAAAGGUUAUUUUUCUACCUCCGCAAUUUUGACUAGAAUCCCUUCGUCGUCCGCCCCGUCCCCUGUCCCAAGACUGGGUGGUUUGUUCAGUCGCCCAUCCACUGUUUGGACGGAGACCUGUCCCUUCUCUGUGAACUAUGAAGGACUGCUAUAUUGUACAUACGAUCUUUACUUCUCUCCAUGAUGAUUGCAACGUUUAAGUGUACAUCUUUUUUUUUUCUCUCUUUGACAAAACUGACCUUGACAUCUUCCAUUCAAAAACUCCCAGGCUCUAUGCAUGUUACAACAUACAUGACUCUAUAAUGUUCACAAUGUUCCAUUGUAUUCUCCUAUUGGCACGGUGGCGUCGACCCCCUUGGGUUGAUGGGUAAUCUUCACGACCUAAACCAAACCAACCGGGAGGGAGACACGACUUGUGUCCCAAAUAGCACCCUAUUACCCAUAAUGCACCAAUUAGGAUCAGAGCACUACGGGCCCUGGUCAAAAGUAGUGCACUAUAAAGGGAAUAGGGCGCCCUUUGGGAUGCAGACAGAGAGCCACAAUGGAGGGGCCCCACCAUGUGAACACAACACACUGGCAACCGGGUUAGCCAAUCAAGGUCCUCCUAGGGCCAGUGACAUACAAAUCACAUGACCUGCCACAAGGGUUGAAAAUAUUCUGAUUCCAGAACUGGGGGUGUGUGAGUGGCCCAAUGGGGCCUGCCUCAGAACGGAUCAUCUCGAAAAAUCAACUAAACGCCUGCUAGUGAAGUGAACUAGAGAGGGAGAAACGCACAUAACUUGAAUGAAGAGUGACACUUUUUAUAUAUAUAUAUGUAUGGCCUCUUGGUUAUAUAAGUGCUCUUGUUUUUAAAGCCAAUCCGAUCCCAUCGGAUGACAUGGUAUAGUCUGUUGGACAAUCUUAUGAGUUUACUGGAUACAAUGGAAAUGAGUAUACAAAAUUAUUCUACCUGAAUUCAACUUCAUUGGUAUGUGGUGACUCUUAUGUCCAAACCCCAUACUAAUGCAUUUGAGUUUGGUUUAAGUAUAAAAUGUUUAACAUAACAGCAUGGUUUAAAGUUAACAUUAUGCCUUGUUCCUGCAAUGAGUUUUAACACACCAUGUUAUUGUUUGUUAGUCUGCCAUUUUGAUUUGGACCCUUUUUGUAAAUGUUAGGAGUUACGCUGCUGGCAAAGUCCCAAGUUGCUAUAGUGCUUACUGUUCAAAUGUCCUCUGUUGUAUUCUGCAGGUUUUAACUUUGUUCAUACAAGUACUCUUAACUGUUAUUCAAAUGCUGCAUUCCAUUUAAUUGUUUACUCCACCUCAAAGUUUUAGCUAGUUUUAUUUUUAUUUUUACAAAAUACACUUUAAUGUUCACUAGCUCGGCAACUGUAUGUAUGGAUUUUUACUUUUUACAGACUUGUUCAACCAAGAACUGUUAUGACACUCUGCCUGGGUAACUAACGGUAGAGAAUCAAAUCAUUUUAUUUUACAAUAAACUUCUCAAAGUUA